AUGUGGAAGUUGUCGCCCUUUAGCAGCCCCGACACGUGUAAGUACGCCACGCCAUUCCUCCCUGCACGCCACACACAGGCGGACGCAAUUUGUGUGUGCGGUUGCCUCCCUUUCCAACUUUGUGCGUGCAGCUUUUGGUCGGCAGGCGUUUUUCGGCGAGCCGCGUAUUGCGGGCGACCAACGGAAUGACGAUAAAUGCAGUAUGUCAUGGCUUGUCACCCCUCAUCCUUCGUGUGUCGUGUCGUGUGGCCCCAGGGACUCACGAGGCGAGGGUGAUAUUCAACAAGAUCUACCGGCCCAACGGCAUUGGCAUCAGCAGUGAUAACAAACUGAUAACUGUGGGCGACAGCCUAAAUAAGGAGUCCGACCUCACUGACUUACCGGCGACUUUCCCAAGUACGUCCAUCUGUCUGUCUGUCACACUCACAGCCACACACACGCGCGGGCAUCGUGACUGACCAUGUAUGUACGUAUGUAUGUGUGGUUGAUGCAGGGUGGACCCGAACAACCCGCAGCUGUCUGACAACAUUCUGCUCGUGUCUGAGAAGGAGUUUGCCGCCAAGGUGGACUUCAUUAAGUCUGGCUUAAUCGCCAUCGACGUCUUCCCCCCCGGGUACGUUGGAGAAGACGUAUUCCCCAAAGCCGACGAUUGCCUGAAGCCGACGAUGUUCAUUCGGGUGAUGCGGGCGCCCAUAUCCUCGCCGUGA